ACACACACACGCUUACACACACACACACACACACUGCGCUCACAUCCCCCCCCUCUUCUCUGCUCUUGCCGUGUUAUCCGUGUUUGGAUCCAGGGUGCUUGUUGGAGCAAGAAGUGGGAAGCAAACAAACACACCCCCUCUUUCCUCCCCGCAGAGGCUUCCCCCGAGCGGAAGGAGCAAGUGAGCGUGAGAGGAGGAGAGAGGCCAUGGUCCUCCUCCUCCCCUUCCCCCUUCACCGUCGCGCCGCCACGCGCCAAAGCGGUGCCACCAUGCCCUGGCACUGGUUGGCGCUAGCCCUGGUGCUGGUGCAGUGGGUGAGCCCUGGCACGUGCCAGCGCGGGCCUGACCCGUCAAAGUACCCGACGGUCACCACCAACUACGGCAAGCUGCGGGGCAUCAAGAAGGAGCUGAACAACGAGAUCCUGGGGCCCGUGGAGCAGUUCCUGGGCGUGCCGUACGCCACCGCGCCCAUCGGCGACCGCCGCUUCCAGCCGCCCGAGGCACCCGGCUCGUGGCAGGAGGUGCGCAACGCCACGCAGUUCGCCCCCGUGUGCCCGCAGAACAUCCACGGCGUGCUGCCUGAGAUCAUGCUGCCCGUGUGGUUCACCGACAGCCUGGACGUGGCCGCCACCUAUGUGCAGAACCAGAGCGAGGACUGCCUCUACCUCAACGUCUAUGUCCCCACGGAGGACGGUCCACUCACAAAAAAACACGAUGAAUCUUCGACGAACAGGCCGAAAGAUGAAGACAUCCGAGACCGCCGGAAGAAACCAGUCAUGCUCUUCAUCCAUGGGGGCUCCUACAUGGAAGGCACUGGGAACAUGUUUGACGCCAGCGUCCUGGCUGCCUACGGCAACGUCAUCGUGGUGACCAUGAACUACCGUCUGGGCGUGCUCGGCUUCCUGAGCACGGGCGACCAGUCAGCCAAGGGCAACUACGGGCUCCUGGACCAGAUUCAGGCGCUGCGCUGGCUCAACGAGAACAUCGGCCACUUUGGGGGCGACCCCGAGCGCAUCACCAUCUUCGGCUCGGGGGCCGGGGCCUCCUGCAUCAACCUGCUCAUCCUUUCGCACCACUCCGAAGGUAACGCAGGGACGGGAUUGUUCCAGAGAGCCAUCGCCCAGAGCGGCUCGGCCAUCUCCAGCUGGUCUAUCAACUACCAGCCCUUGAAGUACACUAAGAAUCUGGCCCGCAAGGUGGGCUGCACCUACGGCGAGACGGCCGACCUGGUCGACUGCCUGCGCCGCAAGAACUUCCGCGAGCUGGUGGACCAGGACAUCCAGCCGGCCCGGUACCACAUCGCCUUUGGCCCGGUGGUGGACGGAGACGUGGUGCCGGACGACCCGGAGAUCCUCAUGCAGCAGGGGGAGUUCCUGAACUAUGACAUCCUGAUUGGCGUGAACCAGGGAGAGGGUCUCAAGUUUGUGGACGACGGAGGCUCCGAGAGCGAGGAGGGCAUUUCAGCGGCGGCGUUCGAUUACACCAUCUCCAACUUUGUGGACAAUCUUUAUGGAUACCCGGAGGGUAAAGACAUUCUCAGGGAGACCAUCAAGUUCAUGUACACAGACUGGGCGGACCGCGACAACGGCGAGAUGCGGCGCAAGACGCUGCUGGCGCUCUUCACCGACCACCAGUGGGUGGCGCCGGCGGUGGCCACGGCCAAGCUGCACGCCGAGUACCAGUCGCCCGUCUACUUCUACACCUUCUACCACCACUGCCAGACGGAGACGCGCCCCGAGUGGGCGGACGCGGCGCACGGCGACGAGAUCCCAUACGUGUUCGGCGUGCCCAUGGUGGGCGCCACCGACCUCUUCCCCUGCAACUUCUCCAAGAACGACGUGAUGCUCAGCGCCGUGGUCAUGACUUACUGGACCAACUUCGCCAAGACCGGGGACCCCAACCUGCCUGUGCCCCAGGACACCAAGUUCAUCCACACCAAGCCCAACCGCUUCGAGGAGGUCAUCUGGACCAAGUUCAACUCCAAGGACAAGCAGUACCUGCACAUCGGCCUGAAGCCGCGCAUCCGCGACAACUACCGCGCCAACAAGGUGGCCUUCUGGCUGGAGCUGGUGCCGCACCUCCACACCCUCCACGAGGAGAUAGUGAGCGCCACCACCCGCGUGCCCCCAGGCCCUGCCCGCACCCCGCACUGGAAGCCCGGCAGCCCGCGCACCACCCGUCACCCGUACCCCACCAUCCCCCCGGAGACGGACCCCUACGGCUCGGAGCGCCCGCGGAUCUCGCCGUUCCCGGACGACACGCGCGACUACUCGACGGAGCUGAGCGUGACGGUGGCGGUGGGCGCCUCUCUGCUCUUCCUCAACAUCCUGGCCUUCGCAGCGCUCUACUACAAGCGUGACAAGCGGCACGAGAUGCGGCGCCACCGCCUGUCCCCGCAGCGCACCAUGGGCAUGGGGAUGGGCAUGGGCAUGGGCAUGGGCAUGGGCGUCGGCGGCAUGGGGGGCGGCGGCGCCAACGACCUGGCACACAGCCAGGAGGAGGAGAUCAUGUCCAUGCAGAUGAAGCAGUCGGAGCACGACGUGCACCACGACAUGGAGCCGCUGCGCCCGCACGACAUCCUGCGGCCGGCGUGCCCGCCCGACUACACGCUGGCGCUGCGGCGGGCGCCCGACGACGUGCCACUCAUGACACCCAACACCAUCACCAUGAUCCCCAGCUCCAUCACCGGCAUGCAGCCCCUCCACGCCUUCAACACCUUCCCCUCCACCGGGCACAACAACACCUUGCCCCACCCACACUCAACCACGCGGGUAUAGUAGCACCCCCUUCCACCAGCCC